AUGGCAGAAUCAGAAUACCUUGACUACACCUGCCCUCUCUGUGCAGACACCCAGCGAGACCCUGUGACCAUCCCAUGUGGAGACACUUUCUGCCUGGAGUGCAUUAAAAUCUACUGGGACCAUUCUGACCACCUUGGUGUGUACAGUUGCCCACAGUGCCAGGCGACUUUCACACCUCGCCCCAUUCUAAGACGUAACGUACCUAAUGUGGGAAAUCCAGAGCCUUGCCCACCCUUUCGAGAGCUCACCCCGUUUCCAUACAUCAAACGGGACACACUCUGUGAUUUCUGUACUGGCCGGCGGAGCAGAGCAGUGAAGUCGUGUCUGAUGUGUCUGGCAUCUUACUGUGAGACACACAUUAAACCUCACUAUGAGUCUGCUACAUUUAAACGACACAAACUGGUGGAUGAGACAGGACAUCUGGAUCGGAAGAUCUGUCCACAGCAUGAAAAAGGGUUAGAACUUUUCUGCCGCUCAGACCAGAUGUGCAUCUGUGUUCUUUGUACGGUAAGAGAACAUCGCAGCCAUAACAUUGUCAGCGCAGACGAUGAACGUGCAGAGAAACAGAAAGCCUUGGUGGUGACUCAGACAGAGGUCCAGCACGUUAUUCAGGAUCGAAUGAAAGAACUGCAAGAACUCACACACAACGUUGAUGUUCUCAAGGGAAAUGCACAGCGGGCACAGACUGACAGUGAUAAAAUCUUCAGCGAGAUGUUGCAGGCGGUAGAGCGGUGGCAUACUGAGAUAAGCCAGCUCAUACAGGCAAACUUGCAGGCAUCCAUGGCUCAGGCUCAGGGCUACAUAGAAAGACUUGAACAAGAGAUCAUGGAGCUUCAGAAGAGAGAUGCUGAACUACGUCAGAUACUUGACACAGAGGACAACAUCCAUUUCCUGCAGAAUUUUCCCACAUUGUCUGUUGCUCCGGAGCCCAUGGUGCCCAAAGUGCUUAUAAACCCAGAGUUUUCCUUCAGUGAGAUUACCAAGACUGUCUCUGACAUGAAAGAACACCUGGAUGAUAUCUGCAAAAAAGAGCUGGGAAACAUUUCCAAACGAGUGAGUGACACCUCUGUCUUUGUCCUGAUUCCAAGGUCUGGAGGGCGUUUGAACGCUCCGGUAAGAGCUGACUUGCAAGAGCCUAAAACCAGAUUGGAUUUCCUCAGAUAUUCUUGUAAAUUGACAUUUGAUCCCAACACAGCCUAUAAAGAGCUAGUCCUUUCAGAUGGGAAUCGCCAGGUCACCCGUAAACGAACAACCCAGUUUUACCCAGAUCACCCAGAGCGGUUUGAUGGGUUUUGCCAGAUCCUGUGCAAGGAGCCAGUCAGUGGAUUGCGACAUUACUGGGAGGCAGAGUGGAGUGGAGAAUUUUCCAUAGGCAUUGCCUACAAGAGUAUCAGCCGCAAAGGUAAGAACUCGAACAGCCUUCUGGGAUACAAUGAUAAAUCCUGGAGCCUCCUAUGCUCUGACUCUGGAUACUCUGCCUGGCACAAUAAGAUGGAUAAAGAUCUGCCAGGUGCAGUUCGUGCCUCACGGAUCGGUGUUUACCUAGAUUACGCCGGAGGUUCUGUGUCCUUUUAUGCUGUGUCUCAGACAAUGGAUGUUAUCCACAAAUUUCAGACCAAGUUCACAGAACCACUGUAUGCUGGAUUUGGCGUUGGAUCAUCUGUAACUCUGUGCAUGCUGGAAAAGAACUACAGAACAUCCCACUGAACUCUGAACAGACCUUUGACCCAAAGCUCUGUAAUAGUUUAAUGAGACAGAAGCUUGGAAGGGUCAACAGGCCUCGGCAGAAUUUGAGUAAUCUAUAUUUUUGUAUUGAUUUUAAAUCAUAUUUUAUUUAAGAACACACUUUAUCAGUGGGGAUGGUGGAGGGGGUCACUUAAUUGAACUUGAUAUUCCAUUAAGACUUUCAUCAUGUUAGAACCGAGGCAGAGUGAGGUAAUGCAUGUAGUCACAACAAAUAAAGAACAACUGAUUCAGGUGACACAGGUUUGAAUCUUGUCCCGAAAGGAUUACCCAUCUCACUCUCCAACAGUUUCUUAUUUCUUUUAAUUGGUAAUGUCCUGGAAAGACAUUAAAAAAGGCCAUAAUUAUAACAGGCUUUAUUCUUUAUUGACUUUUUUGUGCUGCAUUAUUAUUUAUAUUUUAUCAGUUUAUGUUAUGGGAUAGUGUACCCAAAACUGAAAAUUCUGUCAUACUUUACUCACCCUUAUGUUGUUCAAAAUUUGUAUGACAUUCUCUUUCACAUUAUUUCACAUUUAGAAAGUGAAAGUACAGAUUUAUGGAAAUAAUGCACUUAAAAAUGUAUUUCUCACCCACAUCUAUCAUAUUGCUUCAGAAGAUAUUGAUUUUACCACUGGAGUCUUGAGACUUUCAGAGCUUUAAAGGUCUGGCCACCAUUCACUUGCAUUGUGUGGACAAACAGAGCUGAGAUAUUCUUCUAAAAACCAUUAUUUGUGUUCUGCAGAAGAAAGUCAUACAC